AUGAGGAAGAAGACCUUGAUAGGCUUCGCUGAAUACGCCUGGAGCAAGUCAAAGGGGAUAAGUUGGGGAGAGGUUGACCCACUGCUCUCAGCGACUGGCAGGACGCAGUGUGCAGCAGCAGCAGCAGAGCUGGUGUAUCUGAAGAUAAUGUUGAAGGAAAUGCAACAAAGCCAGCAGCUGCACCUCCCGUCCCAAGAUUCCGCAGCAGCAGGGGAAGCUGCUGCGGGCAGGAGCCCCGACCGGAGGCAGACAGCAGCUACAGCAGCAGCAGCAGCCACAACAGACGGAGGGUUCUGCAUCCAAACGUUUUUAGUGUCACCAUUUACAAGAACUCUUCAAACCGCAAGUUUGUCUUUCCACGAUGUGGGCACCAGUUUGAAAUGCCAGGAACCCACCGUGCAGCAGCCUCAGCAACAGCGACAGCAACAGCAACAGCAGCAGCAGCAGCAUGUGACAUGGCUGGUAGAUUCUCUGCUGAAGGAGAAAUAUGGAAAUAUGACAGACACAGGAACAGAGGUUGCAGCGCUCCGCCGUCGUUUACGGCAGCUUUACGUACGCCCGCUCCGCCGUCGUUUACGGCAGCUUUACGUACGUGGUGAACUCGCUCCAACUGUUUUUAGCUUUCGUCUAGUUCCAGAAGGACAAAAGUGGUGGCUCCCGUACGUUCCAGAUAGCCUGAGACAGCUGCGGAAGCAGCUGCAGCAGCAGCUGCUGCAGCUGCAGCAGGGCAACGCUCUUUUAGAGGAAAGUGUUCAGGAGGAAGAUGAGCACCAGUCGUUGUUGAGAGGCACAAGCAAACCUGAGAGCGCCCCACUUGGUUUUGUAUCCGGAGCGCCAACGAGCAGCUCUUCUGCUUCUGCAGCGGGUGUUGCAGCAGUUGGUACAGAAGUGUCUGAAGAAGACAAAAAUCUCUUCGUUAUAGGAGGCGCAGAAGGAGGCCCACUUGCUGCUGCUGAGAAGUCGGUGCUGCAGACGCUGGAGCAAGCUGAGCAAAGCCUGCACACCCCAGAGGCUUUCCGACAGCGUCAGCAGCAGCACGACGAUGCUGUUGCUGCUGCUGCUGCAGAAGGCCACCUGUGGAGAGAGUCGUGGAAGGAGGUGACGGACCGGCAGCAGUUGCUGCUGCUCAUUCUGUGUGCAGCAGACGCCUCCACUUUCUUCUUUGUCUCGCAUUCCAACUUCCUCGCGGGACUCGAUCAACAGCCCAGGUUGGACAACGGACAACUCCGGCCGCUGCUGCUGCGCUGCAACGUGGAGCCGGAAAUUAGCCCCCUUUAG